GGUCGCGUCGGACUCCUCUCUCAGUAAGUACGCGUUUCCCGACUGAACUGUCCGCACUACGCAUAGCUAACGAUCUCAACGCGCGCUAUACGCUGUUAUGGGUAACCUAAAACGCAAAUCCACCGGGGGCGACGCUCGGAGUCGCGGCACCAAACGUUCUCGACUGCAUUCCGACGGUGCACCUAUUCCCCCGUUGGACGUAGUCGUGCGAGGCAAAUCUUUUGAGCCUACGCCUGCGUUCGACACCUUCUGGAAGUUAGCUGCUGAGAGGCACGCAAUCGAAGAACGACGCCGCUCCGGCCAACCACCACCGUGGACAAAAGAUCCGGUGCUACAGAACCACAAAUUUUGCAAUACCUUCAGAAUUCUGGAUCGCGGUUCCCAGUAUCUCGUCACCGAGGUCAUCGAAAAGGGCCCUCAGGACCUUGAGGAAGUGACCUUUCGCGUCUUGCUCUUCAGCCUGUAUACCAACAUCAGCACGUACGAGACGCUGCGCAAGAAGAUCAGGCCCUUUACCUGGUCGGAGUACAGGCGAGAAAACUAUGAAAAAGUUCUGCGCGGGCUCUAUGCUAGGGGCGUUGCCAUUUAUACCGGUGCAUAUCAGAAGCCAGCUCCCGAUUUGGGAUUCGCCGAGGCCUUCAUGAACCACCUGGCGUUGAUGGAAGUCCUCAUGCAGGAGAUGCCAGACGUCCUCUCCAAGGCAGAAUACAUGGCCGACGUCUUUGAGUGGUUGCAGACCUUCAAAAGUAUGGGCGACUUCACGGCCUACCAACUGCUCCUGAACUUGUCUUACUCCAACGUUAUGAGCUUUUCCGACCAUGACUUCGUUGUCAUGUGUGUCGGGUCUCGCAGAGGGCUUCGGAGGUGCUUCAAACAAGAUAUCCCCCGCUCCAUGGAAGUGGACCUCGUUCGGUGGAUACAAUCGAGCCAAGACGAUCACUUCGCUCGUCUGCGGCUAAACUUCAAUGGCCUCGGAGACCAACAUCGCCCCAUGAUGCUUUGCGAUAUCGAACACACGUUAUGCGAGCUUGACAAAUACAUCCGCAAGUGCGGACAGUCAUCAAAGGGCCGUCCGUUUGUGGGUACUGGCGAGCUGGGAGAAAUCCGACUGCCGAAGGCGUGGUCCGAUAAGGCUAGACAAAUCGUACGCAUCAAGAACGAGGAGGAGGCAGAGCCGGACAUUAUCGAGAAAUUCGUUGUUCAGUCGAUCGAAGCUCACCGGGUGGUGGACGGGAUGAUGGAAUUCCUGGUUUUCUGGGAGGGUUAUGACCCCGACGAGGCGACCUGGGAGCCAAAGGACUCCCUCAUGGAAGAUGCGCCAACCAUGGUCAAAGCUUACCUGAAGACCAUAACUUAGUUCGUCUGGUAUGCUGGAUACCAUAAGCUGGUCAAUGGAGGGGUCGAGGUCGCAAAAUUGUGUGGACAGGUGCUCAAUUUCUCACACGAAGUCGCGUAAUGAACUUUCCGGGACCCCUCAAAUGAUCUGGUGUUGCUGUCGAACCGAACUCAGUUCAGGGUGGAUCGAAGUGACUUCCCGAAGUGGCAACUCCGGCCCACUUUGAUACAUCCGAACUGGGACGAACUGCACUUCGUUCACGAGGUUUGUCUGGAGUGUGCAUGAUAACUUACUCUAAAUUAGUAUAUGUCUCCGGUGUAUAAAUGAACAGUUAUCCAUUUGCAGUUAUAACUUACAAGCCUCGAGCAAAGCAAUCUUUUGGGUGUUUGCUAUCUCCAAC